UUAGGGCUUCUUUACUUGUAAAUGCAAUUGAACUGAGGCAACCAUCGCAGGUUUUCUGCUUCUCACUUCUCAGUGGCAGCUAGCAGCUUCGGUACUUCUCUCCACUUACCCCAGCUUAGUACUUGCAAGUUUCUUGUUUCUUGUUUGUUUCUGUUGCAGUAGUUUAGGUUGAUUGAGAAAUGGGUUUGUCAGAUUUGGUUUAAAAACAAUUGUGGGUUUCGACUUUAUACCUUAUUACUGCUCUCUCUUGUCUGUAAUUUCCCAGUUCUGGGUGUCUUUUGUUAAUGCUUGACCCUUUCAAAAAUCUUAUUUUUAGUUCGUAAAGUGUUGGCUUUUGUCUCUAGAAGUGCAAGCUUAAUCUCAUUUCCAUUUUUUUGUAUGCAUGAACAAAUAAAAUUGUGUGUGCUUUUUUCUUUGUUUGGUAACCUGUCAUAACGUUCUAAAUGAAGCUGGCUGAAGCUUAAAUAUGUCAAUAUUUCUUUUUUUGGACAGCAGUCUUGUGACUCAUGUUAUGAUUUGAAGAAGUUCAUUUCUUGAUAUUUUGAACCACCUCAUAAGCCCCAUAAUUAUCACUCAGAUAUGUCUUUGGCCUUUCACUUUAAAAGUAUUAAGUCAUCAUUAUUCCUUUUUGUGAAGAACUUUCAAAUUGAAGCCCUCCCGUUUGAGUCUUGUCUCAUGAUACAAGUUCAAAUGAGAUUCAUUAUCUAAAACUCCUUGUGGCCUUUCAUUUUGUUUCCUCCUUUCAAUAUGUGUAUACUUCCCAUAAAUUCUUCUGGCCUCUGUCCCUUCUUCACAGUUUCUUGGCAAGCUUUUUUAAAUAGAUACAUAACAUGCCGAGGCCAAAGUCAAAUACAUUGGAUGCUGCUGAAUCAUUGGAAUCUGAAAGGUCAAGUGAGCCUGAACAUUCAGUUGAGUCUGAUGAGAAGGUUGAUUUUGAUGAAGAUGAUGGUCCUGAGGAAACACUGGAAGAAGAAGAAGAAGAAGAAGAAGUUGAAUAUGAAGAAGUAGAGGAAGAAAUAGAAGAGGAGGUGGAAGAAGAAGAAGAGGAUACUGAAAAUGCAAAUGAUGCUCAUGGCAAAGUCGAAAAUGAGGAGGAGAAGAAAAAACAUGCUGAGCUUCUUGCCUGUCCUCCUCAUGGUUCUGAAGUAUACAUUGGUGGCAUUCCUCAUGAUGUUACUGAGGAAGAUUUAAAGAGAUUUUGUGAAUCUGUUGGAGAAGUUACAGAGGUCCGAAUCAUGAAAGGCAAAAAUUCAAAUGAGAACAAGGGCUUUGCAUUUGUGACCUUUAGAAGUGUAGAAUUGGCUUCUAAAGCUAUUGAUGAGCUAAAUAAUAUUGAAUUUAAGGGUAAAAGGAUUAAAUGUUCUACAUCUCAAACAAAGCAUCGAUUGUUCAUUGGCAAUGUUCCUAGAAGUUGGGAAGAGGAAGACCUGAGGAAGGUCGUGUCAAAGAUUGGACCUGGAGUUACUAAGGUGGAAUUGGUGAAGGAUAUGAAGAACUCAAGCAAUAACAGGGGCUUUGCUUUUGUUGAGUACUAUAAUAAUGUAUGUGCUGAAUAUUCAAGGCAGAAGAUGAUGAACCCCAAAUUUAGGCUGGGUGAUAAUGCUCCAACUGUUAGCUGGGCUGAACCUAAAAAUGCUGAUUCUUCUGCUGCUUCUCAGGUGAAGACAGUUUAUGUCAAGAAUUUACCAAAGAAUAUAACUCAAGAUCAGCUUAAGAAGCUAUUUGAACACCAUGGGAAGAUCACCAAAAUUGUGCUGCCACCAGUGAAGGCUGGACAAGAGAAAAAUAGAAUUGGAUUUGUACAUUUUGCUGAGAGAUCUAGCACCAUGAAGGCACUGAAAAACACUGAAAAAUAUGAAUUGGAUGGCCAAGUUCUGGAAUGUUCUCUUGCAAAGCCACAGGCAGAUCAAAAGUCUGUUGGAGGCUCAAAUUCUCUGAAGCCAGGUUUGCUUCCAACUUAUCCACCUCAUGUUGGCUAUGGUUUGGUUGGAGGUGCCUACGGUUCUCUUGGUGCAGGAUAUGGUGUUGCAGGCAUUGCACAGCCUUUAAUCUAUGGAAGGGGACCAACUCCCGCUGGCAUGGCGAUGAUGCCAAUGCUUUUACCUGAUGGACGGAUUGGAUAUUUCCUGCAACAACCUGGAGCUCAUCCCCAAACCCCCCCAGUAAAUCAUAGAAACAGUAGGGGUGGUGGCAGGAGUGGCAGUUCAAGCAGGGGAAAGCACAGUGAUGAUGGGCGCAGGUAUCAGCCUUAUUAAUUACGUAUUAAUUACGUAUAGGUGAUUUUGAUUGUAGAUUUUGCUUUGCUAAAGGUCCCAUGAGAUAAUUUCUCAGAACUUGUAACGGAAUUAUCUAAUUUGUAUGAUCAGAAUUGGUUAUAUGUUGUAAGGAUUAUCUAAGAAACCACUUGGGUCAUUUGUUGAUAAAAGUCUCGGCUGCUUGCAUUGCUCUUGCUUAGAGACAAACAUGCCCCGCACGGAAACUUGAAACAG